AUGGCUGAAUCUACAUCGACAUCGAAACCAUUAGACUCAAACAACGAUAAUGGCGACAAAAUCGCACCAGUAAACGUCCAUCUCCCCCGCAUCUCAAUCCAGUUCUGCACACAGUGUCGGUGGAUGCUACGCGCCGCAUACUUUGCCCAGGAACUCCUCUCAACAUUUGGCACAGACCUUGGUGAAGUAGCCCUCGUCCCGAAAACCGGCGGAGUCUUCAGGGUGACAAUAUGGCAUGGUACGAUGAUUGAUGGGGUGAUCACGACGCAGGAGAGUAUUCUCUGGGAUCGGAAGAGAGAUGGGGGAUUCCCUGAAGUCAAGGCGCUCAAGUCUCUCGUGCGGAAUGUUAUUGCUCCUAAUAGGGAUCUAGGACAUACGGAUCGGGCGUUGAAGAAGGAACACGGUGAGCAGAAGGAGGUAAAGAAAGAGGAGAAGGAGGAGAGUAAGGAUAAGGCGGCCUGUGAGGAUUGUCAGUAG